AUGCCACAAGUCGAAACAAUGACAAGAGACAGCAACAAAGGAGUUGGAGGUAACGAACGAUCAUCAUCAACUCAAGCAUUAGUACUUUAUACGUUUGAAGCAUCUUCUUCAAAUGAAAUGUCAAUAAUCGAGAAUCAAAUAUUAACAGUUAUUAAAAGUGAUGAUGAUUGGACACUUUGUAAAAAUCCAGAAACAUCACAACUAGGUUAUGUUCCAACACAAUAUAUUCAAAUAAUUGUUAAACCUCAAAUUCGACCUCAACUAAAUGUUAGCCGAAAGGUUUCGAAUAAUCAACAAUCAACCACCACAACCAGUACAUCGAUCAAUGUUUCAUCAAACAAACAACAAGAAAGAAAUAAUUCUGAUCACGAAACUAAUCAAAAACCUCCACUUUCGGCUAGAAACAAAGUUUCGUCUACACAAGUACCAACCUCUUCUUCUUCAUCGAAUGAGACAAUAACAACUACAACACCAACAAUCAAUACCAAGUUAGCAGAUUCACAAAAAUCCUCAUCUCCACAAUCACCUGCCACAUCAACAUCAUCAACUGACAAUUUUACAUCUGUCAAACAAAGAAUUAAAUUCUUACAAGAACAUCAAUUACCAAUUCCUGGUGCAAAUAACACAACAAAUCAACAAGAUAAGUCAAAACGUGUUCAAUUUGUUCAAACUCCAAGAAAUCAAGAUUCUUCACCAAUUCCUAAUACUGUUAAUAAUAAUGUUAAUGUUAAUACUACUACUAAUAAUAAUACUGUUAAUAAUAAUACCAAUAAUAGUGGUAAUGGUAGUGGUAUUAAUCAAUCAUCAACAAUAGAGAGUGGUUCUUCGAGUGGAAAUGUUUCUGGAAGACCUCCAAAACCAAAAGGUUACUCAACUGGAACACCAAGUGGUAAUAACAAUGGUAAUAUUUCAGGAAUUAAUUCUAGUGGUUCAACAUCAGGAUCUUCAUCAUUGAAUGUUUCAACACCUCCAAGUGGAACUAGUCCAGUUCUCAAUAAUUAUUUACAAAUGUAUGGAGCUGUUCCAAUUUUACCAUUUGUAAAACCUAUGCAAACAAAGAAUUUGACUCCUGAUGAAACUUAUGAAAAUGCAGUGAAUAAUUCAAUUUCAAAUAAUCAAUAUAGUACUAGUGGUAGUUCAUUGAAUGGAAGUUCUGUGCCUACUUCUACACAAGAUUCCAAUUUAUUGGUUGAUACUCGUGUCGAGGAUAAGAAGGGAUUGGCUAAAUUGGGGAGAAGUUUAUCACGUAAAUUUAAAAAGAAUCAUAAGAAUCAUCACUCUGCAGCAACUCCAACGAGUGGAGAUGAUGAUGAGAUUAUUCAAUCAUCAACCACUGGUCAUACAGAUUACUUGAAAACAAGUCCUAGAGCAACUACUUCAUUCCAACAAUCACCAAUUACCUCACUAACUAAUGAAAAUGAAUUUGAUAAGCCAGCACUUCCUCCAAAGAAAACCAGAGGAAUUGAAGAGGAAUUAGAUGCAGCCGAUAAGAGAAAAACUCUUCCAGUCAACAUGAGAAAUGAUCUAUUCCAAAAGAUGCACAGUCAAUUGAAAAUGCAAUCAUUCACAGGUGACAAUGCUCCUUCACUUUCUCGAACUGGAAGUAUUCUUCAAACAACACAGGCUGAAGAUGAUGUUCAAUUCAUCAAUGAAAUAAGAAAACCAUCAAUGAGCAAAUCAGUUGCUGUAAAAUUAAUUGCUGACAAGAUGAAAUUCUAUAAUAACUAUAGAUUAAUGAAAUACUAUCUCCAAAAAGAUGAAUCUCUCAAGAAUGCCAGAAUAAGAAAGCAAAAGGUGUUGGAAAUUGUUAGUACAGAAAGAGAUUAUGUACAAAAUAUUCAUAUUUGUGUUGAUGAAUUCCUAGCUCCAAUGAGAACAAAUCCAAAGAAGUUUGGUGUUAAAAACGAGCAAUUGGAUGUUCUCUUCUUGAAUAUUCUCCAAAUUUUACAAUGUAAUCAAGAAUUAUUGAAGAGAUUGAAUGAACAAGUCAAUGAAAAUCAACAAGGAAGAACAACAUGUGUGAGGAUUGGUAUUGUCUUUAGAGAAAUGGCUGUGUGGUUCAAACUCUACACAGAUUAUAUCAAUAACCAUGAGUCUGCCACCAGCACUUAUGAUUCACUGAUUGAGAGAAAGAAAAAGUUUGCUGCCUACAUUGAAAAGCAACAAAAUAAUCCAAAAUGUAAAAAUUUACCACUUGCUGCCUAUUUAAUUCAACCUGUUCAAAGAAUUCCAAGAUAUAGACUUUUACUUGCUGACGUUAUAAAAUUGACACCAACAGAUCACGUUGAUUUUGAUGAUCUGCAAAAGGGUUAUCAAGCAAUUCUUGAAAUUGCUGAUUGGGUCAAUGAAAGAAAGAGAGAGAAUGAAAAUCAACACUCUCUCACUAAAUUACAACUCAAAUUAACCGAUUCAGAAUUUAAACAAAUUUUCCUUCCUCAUAGAAAGUUAAUUUCCAAGACUGAAACAUUGAAAUCAACAAUAACUUUUAAGGAUCAUGAAUCUGAUUUUGACAAGUAUUUUGCAUUUAACAGACAAACAGAAGCUUACUUGUUUUCUGAUAUGUUAAUCAUAGCACUUGGAGAACAAGUUGAUACUUCACAAGCUCUCUCCCAGCAACACAUUAUUAUGAGAGAAAAUUUGGUAAUCAUUUACUUUGUAUUUGUAAAAAUUGUAAAAGUAGAAUAUAUGCAACCAGUUGAGGAUGCUCCAGCACAAACUGAUUCAGUUCCAAAUAUGGUUCAAAUAGCAUAUGGAUUGAGAGGAAAGGAUUUAAUGUUUGAAUUCAAUUUAGAAUCAUGUGAUAACCAUUUCUCUAAAAAGAUUCUCUCCUGUAUUAAUACAUGUAAGAAGAAUGUCUCAAAUAAGACAGGCAUGGAUCCAGAAAGUCUAUUUGGUGUCUCUGCUCAAUUCAAUAGAAUUUUGAGAUCGAUACCAGAAAUUAAAGAUCAAAUGAAAAGAAAAAAGGAAAAGGCAACUAGAAUGCAAGCUGAAAUAACGACCAUAUCUAAGGAAAUUGAAAGAAAAGAACAGGAAGUUCUCAGAUUAUUGGAAGAAAUCAAUAAUUUGAAAGAACAAAAGAUGCAAAAUGAAUUGGGAAUUUCAGAGGCAGAACAAGACUCUGUUAAAUCUUCCUCAGAUUUCAAACAAGUAGCAGAAGAAAAGAAGAAAUGUCAGGAAAAUGUCUUUACAAUUCUUGGAAAUGAUUUAUUUGCAUACACUGAAAUGUUCGGUUCAAUUUCAAAUCGAGACGAUCCUAAAAUACUAAUGGAUUAAAUAAAUAAUGAAAGUUGUUUU